AGGAUUUAUAUGUAGCUCUCUGGGGUCCAAAGGCCACCUGUCAAGACAAAAGUCUUGUGUUUACAUUUCGCCACGAGCAGCUUAACUAUAGGAGUGGCUCCCUCUAUUGACUUAAGGAAGUGUACCUAGUGAGCCUUGCAAGCACCUAGAGACAAGUCUUAAAUGUGACCGCUGCGACUGAUCCCUCCUCCUGUCCUCACAGACCCUGGAUCUUGCCUAGAAAACUACAAUUCCCAAGAUGCAGUGGUGCAGGUGGGCAGGCAACUGGAAAUCACACCUGCCAGGAAAGUUUCAACUGUUAUUGACGCAGCUAACAACUUACACAGUAGAGAACCAGUUAUAUCGCUGCUGCAGGGCGUCUCAGCCUGGCCCUAGUAUAGUGUUGUCGCUCAGACUCUCCCUGUGUUGACCCCUCACCAUGCAGUCCUCUGGGCCGGAGCAGGACGACUCCUUCGACUUCCUCUUUAAGAUCAUCCUGGUGGGAGACUCAGACGUGGGGAAGACCUGCGUAGUCCAGAGCUUUAAGUCUGGUAUCUUCAUGGAGAAACAACAGAACACUAUCGGCGUGGACUUCACCGUCCGAACCAUGGACAUUGAUGGCAGGAAGGUCAAGAUGCAGGUGUGGGACACGGCUGGACAGGAGCGUUUCCGCACAAUCACCCAGAGUUAUUACCGCAGCGCCCACGGCGCCAUAGUGGCCUACGACAUCACACGGCGCCCAACCUUUGAAUCUGUGACACACUGGAUCCAGGAAGUGGAGCAGUAUGGGGCUGCUAGCGUUGUUCUCAUCCUCAUUGGGAACAAAUCGGACCUGCAGUCGGAGAGACAGGUGCUGUUUGAGGAUGCCUGUACUCUGGCUGAGGGGAAGGGUGCGCUGGCCGCCAUGGAAACCUCGGCCAAGGAGGCCCAGAAUGUGGAGGCAGCCUUUAUGCUGAUGGCCCGGGAGCUGAUGGUUAGGAACGGCCUGACCAUCACAGACGAACACUCACAGGCCUCCCAACACUUCCCAAACUCCCAUCCAAUCCAUGGCUCCGAUUCCACGGACAGGAAAUCAUGUUGUUGAGAGAAUUGAUGGGCAAGGUGGGCGAGAGGUUGUUGUGCUGAUGGAGCUGAUAAUUAUAUAAUUAAUCUAUAGAUAAACUAUAAUUGUCUGGAAUCAACGUUGCCUACACACUAUCCCUUGACACUUCCCCUUGUAGAUGCUAAGCCACAAAGCCUGCUAGUUUUAGACUGCUACAUCUAAAGGUGCUGUCAAGAAGUGUCUUGGGGUAGAGGCUAGGGGUUGGGGAUGUGUGUGCAUACUAUAUUGUGCGGUGGUGGGGAUGGAAUAGAUACAAGUACUGUAGUGAUGAUUGAUUGCCACUGAAAAGUGUUCAAAUGUUUUACUUUCACAAGUCCCACUCCAGCUGUUUUCCCAUUGAAAAACAAUAUUUCAACUAUAAAUACAGUACACACCUUUUUUUACACAAUUGUGAAAUUCAAGGGUUUGCCAAUUCAAGGAGUUGGUCUGAUGGUGCACUCUGAUGUCAUCGGCCUUCCCCCUUGCUUGAGGGAACAAUAGAGGAGAAAUUGAGGACAAAAGGGAAAGGCCUACACCCCCCCCUUUGUGCCUUGUCAGAGGACACCUAAACCACCUACUGAGAUAAUUGAGGUUCUAGGGAGGCUGGAGUGGGUCUUUAACUGUAGUUUUAAACUUGGCUGCCAGUAGUCACACGUACCUGUCCUCAUCGUACUUAACAUACUACUAUUGUUUAAACAUAACCAGUAUUUAAUAACCAAAUGUGGUAAAAGUACCCUCUGGCCACCUGUGGUCUAUUGCAUGUGGCAAAAUGACUGGUUUGAUCUUUUACCUUUUUUGUUUAUUAUUGUCCUCCAGUUUGUCAAAUACAGUGUUGCAUUAUGACAAUU